AUCGAGAAAACGGAGCUCCUCGGACACGGGAGUUCAAAGAGAGAAAUUCCAAAACCAAAAAAACUAACAAAAUUAUCCUUCCUGGCCGAGACAAUCUAGCGCCUCAUGGUGAGCCAAAUCCUCGUCCACUCGCGCGAUCGCCAGAGCCGCAGACGACCGCAUUUCCGAAGCCCAGCGUCUCAUAGUCCGAAAUCGCCACUCGCACGCGCAUUCCCAAUCGCCCACCGGAGCGCGUCUUCAAAACGGAACCCGCAGUCUUCGGAUGCUGCACUCGUUACAAUCACGAGCGCCCUUCCUCCCCUCGCCUCCCCUCCCCUCGUCCCAUCCCCUCGCCUCGCCUCGCCUCGCCUCCUCCUCCUCCUCCUGCUCCUGCUCCUGCUCGUCCUCCUCCUCCACAGCCCGCCAGCAGCUCGCAGCCGCGCUCCCCGCGCCCAACGCCUGCCCCCGCGCCACCCCCGCGCCAAUUCGAGCGAGUCCGGCCAACAGAUCCUCGAUCCCCCCCUCCCGUCCCGGCCCGUCCUUCUUCCUUCUCCCGACCCCGCAGUCCUGCCCUCCCUCUCGCUCUGCCCUCGGUCCUUAUAUUUUCGCCACCCCACCCCACCCCGACCUGCUACGUGGUAGGACGGUGGGCCGACCGAGGCGGAGCUCGCUCGCCUCGCUGACCUGGGUCACCGGACCCGCGUUCCAGGAGCCAGUCGCUAGAUUUGGCUGAUGAGCUGGGGAACGGGGAUAGCGACCGCGGAGGCGUAGGACCGGGGGGGAGGGAGGUGGGGGGGCCGGGCACGACCCCGUCCCUCGGUUUGACCUCAUCGACUGUGUCGAGUACGUCUCGGUCUUCGAGGGGACGGGAAUCGGGAGGGAGGGAGGGAGGGACCGGGGCUCAUCGAUGGGGACAAGGCAGCGCCUGGCAGACGAUGGAGCACAUGGAUUGGACGACGGUCGGACCAGCUGGCGAAGAGGCUCACCAUGUGACACCCGCGCCCCCGCUCGCAGUAACCCAGUUCCCGUGCCUCGGUAGCUCUCGCAGUGGCCUUUUGGGCCACUCACCAACUCCUCCUCCCGCGGUUUGGUCGGUGUAGCUCGUCCGCUAGCGCUCCCCGACUGCUGGCACUGCGUACUACGUAAUCGCGGAAUCGGGCCCCCUCCUGAUUACGCCAGCGCACGGCAGCUGCGGUACGGUCGAGGUCGAGGUCGCCGUCGCAGCCGUGGUCGGAUUCCUCUGCUCCGACAAAGGCUGGCCGUGUCGAGGCCGAUCUCCAACGGUUUCGCCGACCGGCGACAGGUCGACGCUAGCCAGCCGGAUCGCCGGCCCGCCGGCGAUCCGGAGCCGUGACGGGUUCAGGAAUAUUACCGGCCACCGAAACUUGUGGAUCUGAAUCUUCUCCCGCAAGACUCGACAGCAAGCAGCCACUCGCGGCAGAGAGCCUCAGGACCCGGUCAACAUGCGCACGUGUCGCAUAUCGGAAGCAAAUCCCGGUCCCCAUCCCGAUCGCGAUCGCAGCCGGCCUAACGUAUAACGAGGGGAGGGGUCAGGCCAACCGAAUGGGCUGACCGGACCGGAGGAGGGACCGAAAGCUGUGGGGGUGGGGGGGCCGGGAAAGCGAAGUGGGCCUGAGGGUGGCUCGUGUGGUGGCGGUCGGGCCUUGGCGUUUGGGGGUCACAUCCAUCGAUCGAGUGAGUGGUGGCCGUGAGGCACUUUGUUCGUCUCGUGUACGUCUCGCUUUCCAUCAUGACCUCGAGGCUUCACAGUGAAAGCUCUUCGGGCAAUGAAAGCGAGCUGGUAGAGAGCUGCCUGCCUGCUGCUGCUGCUGCUGCUCUACCGGCCCGCUUUAUGACGGUUCCAGCCAUCCGUCGGCCCGGUUGGGUGGAUUCCGGGGGCACUCCGUGUCCGGUUCGGUCAGCUUGUCCUCACCCUCUUCAAUGCCCAGGAUCCAUGGCUCGUGAUGGAUGAUGAGAAUUCAACUCUGGUCCUGAUUCAACGAAACUCGGAUGCUCAAUCUUUGACUCUACUGAGGCACGAUGGCCGCAGGGAGCAGGCCAGAUGACUCACCGGUGUCCAGGCGUUCCCCGUCAUCGUCGUCCAUCCUGGCAGCAACCUUUCUGAAGUGUGGCAGCCAGCCGCUGCGAAGAGAGCACAAUCUGUUCUCCAGUUCUGCGAACUCCGCUAAAACUGUCUAGACGCUGUAAUUGGUGGUGCUCCGAGGCUGUGACUGUUGCCCGGGUCUGUAAGUGAAACGAAAUUGGGCAUGUCUGACAAGCAAAUACAGCAAAUACUAAACGAGCUUGUGAAGAAUCGGAGGUUAUGAUAUAUGCGUACGAAUUGGAGAAACCAAUUUGUAAAGUUCAGACACGGAGAAUGAGGUGGCCCUCGAUUUUGGCGAAGAUCUGUAGAAGCUAGGGGGAAAACACUUAUUACUGAAAUAAAAUACUAGCCUUCGUUAAUCUCGCCGGUGAUUCUGGAAGGCUGAAGGUUGAAACAGGUUGAUGCAAAUAAAAAAAUGAAACUACAGGGACAACCCAGAGAACACCUUCCUAUCUCUGACUGAAGACUACAACUCGCCUCAGUACGCUUGUUCAGCAAAUCUCUGGGACCUGAAGUACUGUAUUUCUGCAGACGCGCACGAAAGGUUGUUCUUCUAAAAGUGUGACUUCAUGGGAAAGUCAACUGAUACAGGUUCUGACACAGAAUAUAGAACGGUUGGGGAAGAUUCAAGAUACUCUUCCUGUGAGAGACUGAAGUGGUAGAAAGACAUAGCAACAUAUGGAUAGAUAUUUCUAACAAGAAUGACUAAACUAAUCAUCAAAUAGCACAAGAAUAGCCUUCUACUAGAUGCUGAAGGUAAGGAACCUAUCAACCUCCAGAUUGUCCAAUCCCACAGCUCCAGAUAACCUCGUCAAUCUUUUUCGAGCUGAAUUAGUUAAAGCGAGAAGGUUCUCGACUAUAUGUAGGAGCAAGGCCAUGAGAAGGGCUGAGCUUCUCUUAGCUCUAGGUCAGUUCUUACUUUAGAUUCCUUUGAGCUAACUGCAGUGGGUAGGGCCCUGCGCUCGUGUGCAUAUCCGGGUCAAUUCGAGCUGGGUGGGACCGUGCUACUAGACAUAAGACUCCCUGAUCGGACUGAUCCUUAAUUUGCAUAGUCCACAUCUCGAGAGUUGGCAGAGUUUAGACCUUCCUCCUUCGAGUGUCGUUUCUGUUUUAAUAAAGACUACAGCUACUUGUUACACUCGUUCAGGAUCCUGAUGUUAUGCGCGUAUGAAUCUAAACUCGAUUCAAUCACUUUGCUAACACAGUUUUCUUGAUGGACGCCGCGUAACAUGUUAUAUUGUGGUGUAAGAUACUUGAGCUUCACAUGGAGUUUUCCAUGAAUGAAUGAGGAUGUAUCAUUCACAUGGUUUCCGAAAUCUCUCCGACACAGCUUAUCGUCUUCGUUAAUCUCUGGGAGUUCGUCAGUGAAUCUCAAUGACCUGGCAAACAUGGAGUCAAAGACCUAGACGAACUGAGUGAUAAUAAAGGGGCUCUGUCGAUGACAAAGGAGUACAAGAUGCCACCUUGCAACUACUGGGACUGCUCACAUAAUCGAAAAGUAAAGCAAUCCGCUGGAUCCUCAGCACUGCAAGGAAGUGGCGGCAGAGACUCUAAUACUGCCUUCAACUUUACAACAGUAAGAACGUAUGUACAGCGAAAAUGGAGUGUAAAGAAGUGGAUCGCUCAGUUUCCGUAAAGAAAACUAUGUGAGAUAGAUCCCAACCUAGCUAUCUUGCUGAAUAUUGAAGACACGAAGAUCAUCCAUACUAGGGCAAUCCUGCAGUCGAAGAUUCCGUUCAUUCGCAAGAUGAAGAAGGCAUAUAAAGCACAAAUGGACGGAAAUGUCUUCUCGGGCAGCGGCAGGGCAAUCAUCUGGUAUGUGUUUAAGAAUGUCUUGGAAGGACAGUCCAUUUUCGUCCAUCUCCUCGUUCUUGUCCUGCGCUCAACCACCAUGCAUCAGAGGAAGUGGUAACAUAAAUCACCAAGAAAAUCAAAUCGCAAUCUUUGGCUGGAUUGACAUGGCAUCCACUGCCAAACCGGUGAUGAUCAGAGCACUACAUAUAGAACAGGAACGAUCAACUUGAACCUUGUUGAUCUAAACUAAAUCAAAUUCAAGUUAAGCUCAAGUUCUCGAGUAUCUAAUCUCGAUCUGUACCUCCUGGUCAAGUACUGCAGAACCGCCCUGCAGUUGCUUCCAGAGCACUUGCUUCAGAACCCGCACAUCAACUUGCUUCGAAUGCUUGUCAUAGUUCACUUCAAUUUUUUGAACCUUCCGUGGUUGAGAGACCAUAUCAAUUCCAUCGUCGACAUCACUGUGAGCAUUACCGUCGCUCCAGUCAUUUGUAGCUUCAUGAGCGUCGUCGUCCCACCUCGCUUCUGUGAACAGAGUCGUGAAGUCUUCAGGCGUAGUGCUCCCUCUUCCUGCUACGGUUACAAGACAAAGUUCAGUGAGUUAGAGGAAGACAUGCGACAAACGAACCCCAUACUGACGACGAUUUCCUGCUUAUGAAUAAACGCGGCGACAACCAUUCUUCAAUGUCCUGCCUCCCCAAAUGCUACAAGAAAAACAUAAGCAUGCAAUUUUUACAGGCUUUGCGUUCCAAGACGACAGGCCUCAUUCAAGCAUAAGAUUCUCCUUUUGGCUGAACUGCGUAAUGUAUCACUGAAGUAACUGGCUCACCUGGACUGAUUUUCGUCUUUCUCCGAAACCACUGACAGCACAACAUGUCAUUAGGUCAGAACAAAUACAUUUCUGUCACUCAAUGAAGAAGAAAAGAGCAGGUGCGAUGAUCACUAAUGACUCCCAGCAUAACUAUAAAAACCAUGAGUUGAUCAGAAACAGCACUUAUUGCCUUCGUUCCAGUCUCCAAGUCUACCGAGCUCUAACGAGAUCCUCAGCUUCCCUACAGGUAUAUUCUCAUAUCGAGUACUUGGAAGAGUGCAACCUCCUUAUACAAGUACGAUAACUUGGUCGGGCGUGCUAUCACGUUUUGGCAGCCAACACAGUGGCAAUAAAUUACACAACCUCGUCGGCUCAGACUCACUUACAGGCGAACGCAUGGGUUGUGAGCUUGAUUCUAACAUCAACUGCCGAGUUUACAUUCAUCAAUUGAAACUAAACUAUCUUAACUUAAACACCGAACAACGUACCAGAGUAGAAGGCCGCAAGAAAAAUUUCAGAAGACUCGAGGUCUCAAAGUGAUAGUCUUCAGGAAGCAAAAGACUUGCAGGUGUUAAACUAUGUGGCAUGAACGAGCUGCGCGGAUUCUUGCUAGGCUCGAAAGCAGAUCGGUCAAUCUCAGGCAGAUUUUCAAAAUCAAUAACAUAAGGCUCUUUCUUCUUGCGCUUGAUCUUCGGUUUCUCUGGACUGUCUGUGGAAUCAGACUUCAUGUUACCUACAAUUUAAGUCGAAAUUCAAGUUAGCGAGAGACAGAUGGAUAUUAGAAUUAAAUCAAAGAUGAUAAGUCAGGACGUUAGUAACAGCGAAGAACAAUAG